AUACAAAGUCUCUGGCCGGGCACUCAUGAGUUUCUUGAUCAUAGCCUGGCAUGUAUAAUUGUCGUCUCCACAAGUCAUCCAGAUCCACUUUCGGAAUUGAUAAGACUGUCCGAUGAACAAACGCAGCAACAGCGUAGCGGUGACGCUAGUUACCCACGGUGGUUUGCGUCGAAUAUUGUGAAGUUGUAUGUGCUGAUUCAUGAUGCGGCUCAAGUGGGUGUCUCAUAUUUUGGCUGGUCACCCUUCUCUUGUACCUCGCGAAAUGCCCCCAUAAGACCAAGCGUCUCAAUAGCCUCUCCUGAGGAUACCUUACCGUCGUCACGUAGCGGAGGUGUUUUCGCACCUAAGUGA